ACAAGGAACCCCCAGUGCUGCCUGCUCACCUUCCUCUCCUCCCCUCGUGCAGGAAUUGCGGCUGAGCCGGAGACGAUGACUGCGGAGAGCGCGGAAUCGAAGGGGCCCAUGCGGGAACCGGAGCAGGGGGGAGCCAAGGUGCUGCCCCCCAUCCCCCCGCGGCACCGGGGCCGCCGCCUGCGGCGCAAGCCCCCGACGGAGCCCCCGCUGAAGGGGCAGCUGCGCAUGCGCUCGCCAGCCGGAGCCUUCGUCAUGGUGGGCAUCGUGGUGGUCCUGGUGGGCAUGACCAUUGCCGUGGUGGGCUACUGGCCUCACCGGGGACCUGGGGGCACCGGGGCCGCUGCAGGGAACACCAGUGCGGUGGGGGACAUGAGGAGGGAAGUAGCGGCCGGACGCCACGUGCCCCACAGCGAGAAGCUGAAGCUGAUCGGCCCCGUCAUCAUGGGCAUCGGGCUCUUCAUCUUCAUCUGUGCCAACACCAUGCUGUACGAGAACAGGGACAUGGAGACCCGGCGGCUGAUCCAGAAAGGGCUCUACGGCAUGGCAGUGGGGCUGCCCGAGGGGCCCGGCCCCAAGGACGGGCACUGCCAGCCUGGGGACGGCCAGCCCUUCCCCAAGGCCAACGCUGAGUGUGUGGAGGGCUGUUACCAGGUGGACCUGUCCCGUCAGCCCGGCCCCGGCAGCAAGUGGUCUGACUGCUACGGCCCAAACCGGCUGCAGACCAUGGCCGAGUUCCUGCAGCAGCCGGCAGCUUCCCCCGCGGCCUCUCUGCACAGCCUCCGCUCCGCCGAGCUCAACCUGAGCCUCCCGUGCCGCGCCGGAGCCGAGUCCCUCCUGUCCUCGGCCGUGGGGGCCUUGGCACUGCCCAUCAUCAAGCUCAACAACUGCUUGCUGGACGGAGGAAGGCGGGGUGCCGGAGGGAGGGCAGAGAGGGGCCUUGCUGAGCAUCCCCCCAAAGUACCACAGCUCUCCCCGGCUCUGCUUUCCCUCGGCGCCAGCACCGCGGCCUGUGGCCAGGGUGGUGGUGGUGGCCACGUUGUUAUCAGCAUGGACCAUGACAGCAGUCCCGGUGCACAGCUCAGCCCCAGCGUGCACCUCCACACCCCGGGACACUCCAAAUCCCUGGACCUUGGCCAGCCAGGAGUGCUUCUGGUGGCCCCCAUCAAGGACCGCAAGAACCGGAGCUGGCCCCGACUGGACCACGUCAGCCUUGUGGGCUACGCCAAACUGGAAAGUUCCGGCGAGUCCUCGGACCGGCUGCUGGAGCCCAGCGAGCCCCCAAGCCGGGGCGAGCCCCAGCCCAGCUCCUGGGUGCUGGGGAUGGAGCAUGGCACACGGGUCUGAUGUCCCUUUGGGGACUGUAAUGUCCCAGCCUGUUAUCCUGGCCCAGUGCCCGCCAGCCACCCCAAAACCCCACAGCAGGAGGGGUUUGGGGGCAGCAUUUUUAAGCCAAUGCCAAGAGGAAAGUCGUGACCCUCCGCUCCUGGGGGAGGACUCGCCUAGGGGUGGGAUGUCCUUCCCAGUGGAUGCCCUUGGCCUUACAAGCCCUUCUCCUGGUGGCUUUUCUAGAGGAGUCCUCGCUUUGAGAGCCCACACAAGUCGUGGGAUGGGGACAUGCAGGCAGGUGAAGCCCCACCAGUCCCCACAGCACUUUAUUUCAGCAGGGUUGGGGUGGGGAGAUGCUUUGGGGGGUGGUGUACCCCUUGUCCAGCCUCAACCCACCCGAAAAUUUGCCUGGCCAGAGCACGUAGGCCCAACAGGGCUAUUAAAUAUUAUCUGGAUGCCAUCUGGUCCUGCCUUGACUCCUCCUAAUGCCUGUGGGAUGCUUGGGAGGGGCAGCACUUGUGGCACUCGCGUCAGCUUCUGAGGCUCCUUGGUAAUUUUGGGUUUACAGGACACUGAGGUUCUGUAGUUGGAAGCAAACUGCCCAGGGUGAGGGUAGAAGAGGUGAUGGCUGUGUCUGCAGCAAUGCUAAUUAAUUCAGAGCUUUUAGCAUAACAUGCCACGUGCCACCCUUCUCUUUCUGCCUGUGAGGGAAACUGAGGCACAGGCAGGUACCACAGCCGGCCCCUGGGCUGCCCCUGCCCCCAGGAAAGCUCUUCCCAGCCACUUUCCAGUCUCCCUUACUGGAGGGUGAUCUGGCCCUUGGUUCUGUCAGGCCUGCAGCCAGAAAAAAAUGAGACAGGACCAAAAUACCGCUGGAUUUGUCAUUUCCCCCCACUCCAGUUGAGUCACACUCACUCAGGGCUGGGCAGCAGCUGCUGAGCACAAAGCUCACCUGGGCUCACCACAAAUUCCACAGCUCAAAGGAAGGUUUUAUAUCAAGUGAUGCUUCUUUGGGGCAAAUCUGAACUCUGGGAAUUGGUUCUGGCCCUUCUGGGGGCCGUGGUCCCACAUGUGACCACAGUGGGAAUUGUGGAAAAGGUCUGAAGGGACCAAGAGCCCAGGGAAAUGCUGGCCCAAGGCUGGGAGAGCUUUGGCAGCCACAGCUGGGGGCUUGGGUGAAACCAAGUCAUCACAACACCAGGGCAAGGACAGAGACCUGGAGGAAGGUGAGGAGGAGGAACAGAAUUCAGCAGCAGGGAGAGUUUUGUUUGAAAAUUUAUUGAAAAAUGCAAUACAAGAAGCAAUACUGAACACUUAGGUCUGCCUAAAUGCUAUGGCAACUUUCCCUUUGAUUCGCUAUGAAAAUCCGAAGUAACAGCUCCCAUCACUAGUUGAUCUAGAAAGUUUUGCCAACUUUAAAAGUUUCUAUUUUUAUAAAGAGUGUAAAUACCUAACCUAGACAAUUCACAAUUGCCUUAAAAAAAA